GUGGUGGUUUCCUCUUAGUCCGGCGGUGUGGGUUUCACCUGGGAGACGGAAUGGCGCUUCUGUGUUACAACCGCGGCUGCGGCCAGCGUUUCGACCCGGAGACUAAUGCGGACGAUGCUUGCACGUACCACCCAGGUGUACCUGUAUUUCAUGACGCCCUGAAGGGUUGGUCCUGCUGUAAGAGAAGAACGACUGAUUUUUUUUCCGACUUCUUAAGCAUUGUAGGAUGUACAAAAGGUAGACAUAACAGUGAGAAGCCACCUGAACCAGUCAAGCCUGAAGUCAAGACGACAGAGAAGAAAGACCUGUCUGAAUUAAAACCCAAAUUUCAGGAACACAUCAUUCAAGCCCCUAAACCAGUAGAAGCAAUAAAAAGGCCAAGCCCAGAUGAGCCAAUGACAAACUUGGAAUUAAAAAUAUCUGCUUCCCUAAAACAAGCACUUGAUAAACUUAAACUGUCAUCAGGGAAUGAAGAAGAUAAGAAAGAAGAAGACAGUGAUGGAAUUAAGAUUGGGACUUCUUGUAAAAAUGGAGGGUGUUCAAAGACAUACCAAGGUCUACAGAGUCUAGACAAAGUCUCUGUGUAUCAUUCUGGAGUACCUAUUUUCCAUGAGGGGAUGAAAUAUUGGAGCUGUUGUAGAAGACAAACCUCAGAUUUUAAUACAUUUUUAGCCCAGGAGGGCUGCACAACAGGGAAACAUGUGUGGACUAAAAAAGAUGCGGGGAAGAAAGUUGUUCCAUGUAGACAUGACUGGCAUCAGAGGGGUGAGGUUACCAUCUCAGUGUAUGCUAAGAAUUCACUGCCAGAGCUUAGCCAGGUGGAGGCAAACAGUACACUGUUAAAUGUUCACAUUGUAUUUGAAGGAGAGAAGGAAUUUCAUCAAAAUAUGAAACUGUGGGGUGUGACUGAUGUUAAACGGAGUUAUGUAACCAUGACUGCAAGCAAGAUUGAGAUCACCAUGAGAAAGGCGGAGCCCAUGCAGUGGGCCAGUCUUGAACUGCCCACAGCCAAAAAGCAGGAGAAACAGAAAGAAGAAAUUGCAGAUUGA